CAAUUGCCCAGUAUGCCAGUGUGGUAUGUGCCAAUUCCAGCGUUUGCCACAUUUCAUCACCUGAUUCGUAUUAUCACCUUAGUUACUGCACUUCUACAAUUGAUGUAACUUGACAAACAGACAAUGUAUUUAAGGAGAUUUUUCUAAGGUUUUUGUAUCAUUCACAUUUUUGUGUUCUGGCUACUUGGAUAUCACCAAUCUUCAACCACCAACAUGAUUGCUUUGGUAAGUUUGAUUUAGUACUAUUCGACUUAAUGCUUAAAUAUGUAUUUUUUGAAACUAUAUUCUGCUUCAAAAUUCGCAUCUUCGUGACUGAUGACUUUGGACUAGCAAAACUAGCUUCUAGGCUAAUAGAAACGGUAGUCUGCUAUUGGUCCCUUUAGAGUCUCAGAAGUAGGUCUUCUAAUGUAAAUAAGUAAUCAUAGGUACUGAGUAUUUAAUUUAAACUAUCUUUGACCUAUUCUUAUCAAACUCAAAAUACUGAAAGCCGAAUAUUUGAACAACCAAACAAAACAUUUUGCAUUAAACCUUUUAGGUAAAAUAAUAUCCAUUUCAGAAAAGACGAUGAUUAGGAAUAAAACUUUACAUAAUACCCAUGUAAGGCGUGGGCUGAAGGUUACAACGAAAACUGUAAAACCUAGAACAAUACUGUAUAUACAUUACGUCAUCAUGUAUUUCGUCACGUUUCAGAAAUUGUUCAUGUUCGCACUCUUCGCCGCGGUGAUCGCUGCUGAAGACAAACCAAUCGCUGAAAUCCUGACAGAGAAAACCAUUGUCAAUCCUGAUGGAUACAAUUUUGACUUCAAAACAAGUGACGGUGUCGCCCGCCAAGAAGAAGCCAGCCUGAUCACCGUCGGCGACAAGCAAGGCAUCUCCGUCAAGGGAUCUUACUCCUACACCGCUCCCGACGGCGAGGAGUAUCAGGUCACCUUCACAGCUGACGACAAGGGCUACAAGCCCACGAUCAGAGUCGUCCCCGCUGGCACCAAUGCCCAGCAGUAAUUUGUUAAUGUUUGUACUUUUGUACCGUUUUAUACUGGUUAUUAUAUUUUGUUAUAUUUA